AAAGGCCGCUAAAUGGUUGAAAAGGAAAACGGCCGUAAAUCCUAAGAGUAACAGUUCCACCAGAUUUUAACUGUCGGUCGUUUAUUGAUAUUGGUGAAUGUAAGCAAUUGGGAGGUCAACUUCAAUAAUUGAAGCGAAUAGGGGCUUUCAUAUUUGGCUAAAAGAAAGGGAAGUAUGGAAACAGUUUAAUGGUUUCAUCACAGGCGGGUAGUCGCGCACGGUUUGAAAUGUUAUGACUCCUAAUACAGUAUAUGGAGACUCGAUGCACCUCUGGGAAAACCGCGGUGUUGUCAGUCUGGCUUCGAAGACUAAAAGACACUGAAAUAAGAAAAUUACGCGAGUGCGAACUGGCGAGAGAGUUCAUGAGUUUGGGUUUGCUUGUGCUCUUUUUGAUUUUCUAUUCAUUAGCGACGCGGGAAAAUUCUUGAUGAGAUAACAAAUGCUGGUAUUUAUUUUACCAAAGCAUGGCGAUGUUAGACAAUCCAGACUGGCUCUUGGAUCACAUUCGCCAUUCCUUCAUUACAAGCGAUGACACAGGAAUGUGCGAAAUGGUUCUUCAGGAGAACGAUAUGAUGACAUUGUCACAACACAGGCUGAGAAUUAAAGAGUUAAAAGAAGCUAAGCGCAUUGAAAGGGCGAAAAAGAAUCAAAAAAAAGGUUUACCUGAAUCAUUUGGAAGAUCAACACCUGUUGGAUCUCCUCGAAGAACACCAUCAGAAUCAUCAACUACUUCAUCUUCUAAUCCUGUUAUCGAUGCUGAUUCAUCUGAAGCACUUUCUCCUCUUGCUCCAUCACCUGAUAUUCUUUCUGGUUGGGAUUUUGGGGUUCGUAGACGAUCAAACACCGCUCAGAAACUUGAGAGAAUUCGUAAAGAGAGACAAAGUAGAGUCAAAGUAAACAAUGUGCCUUGGAGAAAAAAGAACCCAAAGAUAACCGAGGAACAACUAAACACAAUGUUUGAGAAGAAAAGAUUGAAUGAUGAUGAAGUUUUCACGAGUGAUGAUAUUUCCACUACCUUGAGCAGAGUCAAGUUCAGUGCGAAUGUAAUAUCUUCAACAACUUUACCUAGCAAUAGUGAAGAAACAAAACAUUAUGGUUUUGCUGUGAAAGACGAUCACUCGAAUUCUCCUACGGUUGAUGGAGUUGUGUUACAGAUACCAGUACCUCAUCUCUCAAAUCAUAUAUCUACGAACGGUCUGCCUGAAAUCAUAACUAGUAAUGAAGUUGGGACUUAUUCGAAAAAGAAAAACGCCAUUUCUGCAUUGUCUACUUUAUUAAUAACGCAGUCUACGGAUCAGUAUGAUAAUCCAUUUCGCGAAUAUUCGAAAUUUGAUGGUCCAGGACAAACAGCUGGAGUAAAAAAAGUGGAUAUAUUUGUUUGGCCGUAUGGUGCGGAGAAACCAAGAUUUGCAAUGUUGGUGUCGGUACUAGCACAAAAGGCAAAGGUACAAGAUGUCAUAGGUUUAACAUGUUGGAAAUAUCUUGUUGAGAACCAAGAGCCUCCGUUAACAGGAAAAACUGUACAAAGAUUCUCACUUCAUAUAGCAGAGGAUGAUGGUACUGUCGAUACAGAUUUUCCUCCUCUCGAUCCAACAGAACCAUUUUCCAAGUUUAGUUUUGCUACUUUAUCACUGGUAGAAAAGAAAAUUACAUCUGAUGAAGAUGAUGACGAUGAAAGUGGAGUUAAAGAAACUGUUUUUGUUAAAGUAAAUGAUUUUGGCGGAUCGUCUCUUGUGAGAGUUGAUGAUUUGAGUAUUACAAUGGGAGAAAUUUUAAAGAAAACACUGAAGAAGCGAAAAGGGCAAACUUAUACUGGAAGGUAUCGACUGGAAUACCAGGAUAGAGUCGGUGUUGCGGUCGAUGAAGAGCAAACUUUGGAAAGUACUGGAACUAUGGAGUUUUAUUUAGUUCGAGAACACAGUUCCCGAAAUAAUUAUAUGUCGAAUACUUUUGAUGGAAGCGUAAAAACAAUGUCAAGCGGGCUCUCACCGCCUAAUGAAGACGAAUACAAAUUUCCGCCAACACAGAGAACACCUUCACAAAGCGAUAACUCUUUUAUAUUUGUUCCAACGAUGGAAUACGUCACAUUCAGAUUCUAUCAAUCGCACAAAGUCAGGCCAGUUACGCCUGUCGAUUUCUCUGUUGGUCCCAGUCAGGUUGAUAUUGAACCUGUGGAUCGCAGAGAGACAAGAUCAACUUUCGCUAUUUUUUUAUCACCUAGAAAAACACUUUCUAUUCGGGUUUCUAUGUUAGCAUAUUGCGCAAUACACGAUUCGAAAAAUCGUGCAAAUUCACUUUCAGUUUCACCGUCUUCCUCUUCCGGUUCUUUUUCUUCUUCAAUGUCUUCUUUUGCAAAUCAAGACACUAUUUCAACAAAAUCAACCGAUAAAUCAAUAUUCAAACUUUAUUAUAAAUUAUCUGAAAAUCAUACGGACUUUAAACAUCUCACUCUUGAAGGGCCGAGUGAUGAUGUACAGGACGCUGUUGAAAGAGUUCGAAACGUAAUGAUGCUCAAUGGAGACAGAAAUUUACAAGGAAUUUUUGAAGCAAUCAAAUUUGGAAUACCUCAGUCAACUUCUUCGGUUAGCAAUAGCACUUCUGCAAAAAGGAAAGGCAGCAUUUUUCGGUGAUAUUCAGAAAAUAAGGCACAUUCGCAACUUUAUUCAAAUUUUAAUUGUUCAAAGAUUAUGGGUUGGGAAGAAUUUAACAAUGAAUUUGUUUCGAAAACUAGAAUUCGGAAAAACUGAAAAUAUGGUUUUUAUCAAAAAAAUUUGACUCUUGCUAAAAUCACUACUCAAAUUUAACAAAAAAUCUUUCAUUGUAAUCUAUUAAAAAUAAGCUUUUUUAACAUAAUCAAAUUGUUGGCUAACUGUUUUUUUAAACUUAUCAUGAAUUCUCAUUGUUACGUUCAAGUCCUCAGUUAUUUUGGUGCAUUAUUUAAGAAUAGACCUAUUUAUUCUUCGCCAGACAUGUUGAAUUUAUUAACGAAGGUUGGAAUUAAUAAAUACCUGUAUAGGUUGCAACCUUUGUUAUAUUGAACAUAUCUUCAAGUCAAUAUUUUUGCAGUAUAUUAUUUGAAGAUGCCAUUUACAUCUUCUAUGUAUUGUGGCACGGUUUUACCAAUACAAAUUUUGACGCAAUGCCCUUUUUUAUAUUGGCCUGUACGAUCAUUAAUUUUAAAUUGUUGGAUGUGAAAGCAAAUUUUCCAAUCAACAAAUUUUGCACAAUGGGUUUAUCUUUCAAGGUGCUAUUAAAAUGAAAACAUUCUUCCACAUGGUGCUUUCUGCAAAACCUGAAAAUUAAGAAAUUUUAUAUGUAAUGAGGGAUGGGCUUUAUGACGAUUAUUUCAUAAUUAUCAUCUGUUUUGGAAUAUGUCCAGAUGAAAAAUUUAUCAAAUAAUAGGGAUUUGGCACAUCAAUAUCAAAUUUUGCACAUUUUUAUGGUUGGUUACUUAAAAUAACGGUAAUUUAGAAAUUUCUGAUUUAUAAAGUUGAAAAUUUGCAACACUCUGUAUUUCAAGCGAGAACCUGGUUCGUGAUCCCAAGUAUUUUGUGAUUUGAAAUGGAAUGAUCAUCUCAAAGAAUAGUAGGAAACGAAGGCAUGCUGUAAUAUAUAAUUGUUUUAAUCGGCUAAUGCUAAAGAAAUGCAUGUUUUUUUCUGAUGUCAAAUAUUAAUAAGUGUUUUAGUUCUUGUUAUAAAGUGAAUUAUUUCAUAGCCUCUUUUGCGUAAAUAAUAUUGUUUUGAGUAUCCGAUUUUUGCUCUUUGCAAAAUGGCUUUGGUUUCUUAUUUGAUUAUUGAGAUUUUUUACUUGCUCAAUUAACUAACUGCUCAAUCGCACAUUUUCUACCUAUUCGGUGCAAUAAGAAAAUCAAUGAAUGAA